AUGCGCACCUGCCGCUGCCGCUCCGGCUGGCGCCGCUGGGGUCGACAAUGCUACCGGGCAGUGACGGCACGUCUCAGUUGGACCGUGGCGAGCCGGCGCUGCCGCCAGUUGGAGCCCACCGCCUACCUCACCUCCAUCAAAAGCGGGAGCGAGAAUGACUUCGUGUUCGGUUUUCUGAGGCGGUACCCGUUCUGGAUCGGCUUCAGCGACCGGGCCCAUGAGGGGCAUUUCGCAUGCGACAGCGGCGAGGAAUGCAGGUGGUACUCCAGGUGGCACCCGCCGACCGAACCCAACGGCGUCAGGCAUAGAGAGGACUGCGCUGAGAUGCUGCAGGACAGGACGUGGGCUGACAACUCGUGCCACCUGGGCUACCGCGCCCCUGCCUUUCCGUCCGUCUGCGAGUACAGCAUCUGCGGCCGGUCCAAGACGAUCCCACUCGAGACUGUCCGCGGCACCAAGAUCCGUCUCUGGCAGCCUGACGUGUUGCUGCGUCGUCUGCCGCGUGCGUGUACUUCCCGGCAGUUCUCCGCCGUGCAUGACACGCAUGUGCAUGACACGCCGUGCAUGGCACGCACGUGCAUGGCACGCCGUGCAUGGCACGCACGGCGGAGGCUACACAUCGGCCCAGUGACACUCUUUCGGCACCGUGCGUCCACAGACGGGCUGCGCUGUCCACCCGGCUGGCGACGCAGCGACAGCCGCUGCUAUGGUGGAUUCACCGCGCCCGACACGUUCGCCCGUGUGGAAAGACAGUGCGCCAGCCGCCACCCGCAGGCCACAGUGGCGGUGCUGCGCUCUAUCGAGAACAACGACGUAGCCGUUUUCGCCGCCGGCUCGCUGCCAAUGUGGAUCGACUACGGCCGCCGGUCGGGCGGCGUCGUGCUGAGCGGAACCGGGCAGCGCAAGCAGUGGACCUCUGCCUUCACUUACUGGGAGGCAGAUGCGGAGCCGUCCCCCUCUUCCAAAACCGACUGCGCGGGGCCACCUGUCCGUCGGGCUGGGUCCCGUUUGAAGGACACUGUUACCGUCUGGUACGCCGGCGGUUGUCGCGGAAGGCGGCCGCCUCUGUCUGUCAGAGAGACGGCGGCCACCUGGCCAGCAUCCAGAAGCCAGGAUGAGAACGGACUCAUCGCUACGCUUGCGUUCCGCCGUGGCACCGACUUCCGCAAACGGAUAAACCGUCACGCCUGGAUCGGCGCUGCGCGGGCGCACCCGACUGACGCCUGGACCUGGGACGACUGCGACGCCUGGACAAUGACGCGCUGGAUGCACGUGGACGACAGCAAGCACACCAAAGGCGUGUGCUCCGCCAUUCACUGCAACGGCCGCUGGCGGCAAGACGCGAACUGUGAGACCAGCAUGUUCGGCUCGGUGUGCGAACUGGACCCGUGUCUGAAGAACUUCGGACCCACCGUUCCGGUUCGAUCCGGUUGCCGCAAGGGCAAGGUCACGGAGGUCGGCAGCGGGUCGUGGCCGGAGAGCCAAACGUGUUUGUGAGCUGGCUCAUCUCAGAUAGCAAACUAGCACUUAGUUUUAUAAUUUGUUGAAGGUCGCUCCCCGUACACACCGACGUUUUGGCUCUGGUUGGCGAAUAACCAGGCAUUUUGACAACACUUGUUUCAAUGCUGUCGCAAGGCGAGAUAAACAGACUUCAUUCGUUUCA